AGUACCACGGGACUUGGCGCUAUUGAUCUUAACGGAAAUGAAUCAUCGUUGAAGUGAAGUUGACGAAAUGUGUACAACGACCACGGGGGCAGCUAUAUAAAGCCGGAAUUACGAGGCAAAGAAACAGUUUAGAGUUUAUCGGAAACGUGGUGAAGAGUAUUUGUUCCUCAGGUCUUUAAACAUGGGGAAGUGUGACGAGCGUGCUUUGCUCAUUCUUGCCAUUUGCGUGUUUAUUGUUCACACACCAGCUGAAGCCUGGUACAAACAAGCAGCCGGACCCAGUUAUUAUUCAGUCGGUAGAGCAUCGGGUCUGCUGUCAGGAAUCCGGAGAUCAGCCAUCAGAAGAGAUGAAGCGGAAACUCGGGACAGAGGAGGAUUCACCGAAAAUAACGCAAUCCCUCUGAAAAAUAUGCCUGGUUGUGUGAAGGAUGUUUUGCCGGAGCUGCAGAGCUGUGAGCUGAUGCGUGGCUCCACGUUCCGGUGCGAGGCGACCGUCAUUAUCACCCUCGACUCCAGUGACUGUGUGAACACACGAGGAUCACCUCUGUUUCCAGACUGAACAAAUUACAUGUGGGCAUUUAAUAGUGUGUCCAGUCAGUAGACUAUACAGUUUGUGAGUGCAAUAUGAUCCUGGGGUGCCUUACUGUAUUAGUCUAGGAGAUCACACAGGAAAAUGAAAACAAUAUGAAGCCUAGAGCAUAUCUAAGAACAGCACUUUCCCCCAUUGUUCCAGUGUGUGUAUGUGUGUGGGUGUGUGUGGGUUGAUGUGUGUACAUUCGGCUAUUAAUGCAGGACUAUGUCAAUUGUGUAUGAAAUAAAUAAAAAAAAAACACUGCA